CUCUUAGUAUACUACCUCCACAAUCUUCCAAAAUUCACCCGCAUGGAGCACCCCAUAUAUCUAUGUUAUUAGUUAUAUGGCUUGAUAUCAUUGAGAUCUCCACCUAGAAGCUACCUCCCUCCUUCUUCUCAUUCUCCCACACCUUUAAAAUAUAAUCCACUCCCUUUAUCCCCUCACUCUCACACUCUUCAAUUCUCUACCAACCCUAUCAUUCCAUUCAUUACUUUUCUCCUCUAUCUUUAUAUUAGUCACCAUCAUUGUAGUUGCAUUGCAACCCUUUGUUGUUACAAAAAGUUGCAAUUCUCCACCAACCUAUCAUUUCAUUCAUUACUUUUUAUCUCCCAAUUUAAAUUAGUAACCAAGAACAAUCAUCAUUUAAAGUGACAUUGCAAUCCAUUGUUAUUAUAAGAGAAUCACAGUCAAAUACAACUGAUACAACUUUAUCAAGAGUCUAGCGACGAAACUCCACGUACUUAUAAGUGGUGAAUUGCGGGUUCGAAUCUUACAAAAAUAAAACUAAACAUUCCUCUUUUUGAAAAUGGAGGUGCAACAAAGAAGAUUCAACACCAUGGAGAGAAGACCAAGAAUGUUGAAGGAUUUCCUAAGUGAGAAUCCAAAUUCAGACUCAAACUCAUGUUCCUCAAGUGGAUUCAAAUCACUUCCAAGAACAUCAAAACCAUUUACCAACUCCAUUCAAAUCCACCACACACAUUCAUCAUCAAAAUUUCAAGCCCUAAUAAAAACCAUAAAAAACAACGUUACAUUCUUCAAAAUCACAAAACCACCCUCCACCAUCCUCUCACUACCACGAACCUUAUCACGCAAGUUAUCAUCAAAGCGAAGAAAAACAAGCCAAAGAUGCAAAGGUGAAAGAGAAAUCGAAAUCGAAACCAGCACGGUGAAAAUCAAAGACAUCAUACGUUGGAAAUCGUUUCGAGAUAUACAACAACCGUCGACGAUUCCAUCACCGCCAUUAUCACCUUUUGAUUAUCGGCGUUAUGUGACGGAAUCGUCGACGGUUACUACUGCGACGACUUGUUGUGGUAGCAGCAGCGACGGUGAUUCUAGUUGGAGUGACGGUGAUUUUUUUAGUGAGUUGUGGGAUGCAGAAAACGACGACGUUGAAGAGAGUGGAAAAAAAUUGUUUUCAUCUUUUUUUGUCGGCAAGGAUUUGGUGGCAUCGUUCGUUGGGGACAAGGAUGAUUUGACUUGCCAAGAUGAACAACACAGUCCAGUUUCAGUUCUUCGGGUUGCAGAAAAUGAAUUUUCAAUCUUUGACCAAAGCCUUGCCAAUAUUGAAAGGAGAAAACAAAAAAAAUUCAGACAAACUUCUGAUAAAUUUGAGAGCCAUGCAAAAUUUGACCUGGUAACCUUAGAUGAAUGUCUCUCAUUGGAUGAGAAUUCAUACUAUGGCGAAGAAUAUAAAGACGACGAUAAGGAAGAGAAGGACCAAAAAACCGAAGAACAAGAUUGGAUUGAGGAAAGGGCAAAGCAAUUACUACAUAUUGUCAAAGCAACAAGUUCAUCGGUGCAAAAUUGCGACGACAAUUUAGAUAUAGUUCUGCUGGAAUUUUUCAAGGAAGAACUAAGUGGUAAUAGAAACCAAAAGAGGAAUAAUGAGGGGCUUGAGUUGGAGAUAAUGAAAAUUGCUGAGGAUUGGAUAAAUGAGUCAUUUGAAAAAGCUUAUGAUAUUGUGCAUGUUAAUAAAGAUGCUUAUAUCAAGGAGAUGGAUAGGAGAGGUGGAUGGAGUAGGUUUGAUGAGGAGCAAGAUGAGUUGGUUAUGGAGAUUGAGGCAGCUAUAUUACAAAGUUUGAUUGAUGAUAUUUUGGACAUGGAUGGUUAAUAGUUGAGACUUGAGAGGAACCUUUUUCACUCCUAAAAGUACUCCGAAUGUAGAUAUUUGAAAAAAUUAAAAAUGCGGUUUUUGUGCUGUUUGGAUGUAUACUUCCAGAAUCCUGUGUAUAUUUUACGAAACAUGUGGAUUGGUAAUGUUGUUCGCUAAUGAUUUCUC